AUGGAUAUCGCCUAUCAUACUCGAUUCAAAUCAUUGGAAUUUUGGGGGCGCAUCGAGUCGAUCACUAAACAGCAUCCGAUGAUAGCCCAAUAUCUUAAGCCAGGAGGAGAAUGGCUGAAAGCCUUGGCUUGGGCUACGCGCGUUGUGUCUCCAUUUGCAUGGAAGGAGGGUUGCAAAACAGUUUGCGAGUGCCAGGACAAGGUGCUUCCGCUGCUGGAGCCGGAUCCCGAUAUCUCGCCUCGCUGGUCCCUAGAUUCGUCUGGCGACCAAUGUUUGGUCACGGUAGAACCCGGUUAUCAACACUUCAGCAAGAACUUUGAGCAAUUGUUCGUGCUGAAACAGAUUCGGUCAAGCGACAAAGCAAUGGAUCUCGUAUGGGAUGAGGUCAAAGCAACAAUUGAUCAUUUCGACCACCCCAACUUAGUGAAAUGGGUUCAGGCAUGGACCAGGUCCGGUUUCAUCGAACUACUCUCUCUGGCCCCGGAAACAACCCUACCCGCGUACAUGUCCCAGGACAAGCCUACAGACGAGUUCCUGCUUUCUGACCUGUGGCUGCAGCUGUGCGGGAUCGCUUCAGCAGUCCUUGUUCUCCAUCUCCACCACGACUCAAUUAUGAGGGGAUGGUAUCAUAGAAUCUCUCCAGACAACAUCCUGAUCUUUACCAUGGAUGAUGGAAAAGCCGUCUGGAAGAUUGGCACACUGGAAUCUGGGCCCCCAAGUUCUGAUGUCCUAAAAUCUGGCAAUCGGAAAUCUGGCAUCCUGAGUUCGUUCAGCCUGAGAUCUGGCACGUUGAAACACAAUGCCCCGACCCCUGUGCCAGAGUCAUCCAGAGCACACGCCGACGAGGAAAGCGACGAUGCCUCCCAGGAGAGACACUGCCGCCCGCCAGAAAUAGCUGAAUUCAAGUCCAGCAAGGGACAAGGUCCUGCCUCGGAUGUAUGGUCCUUGGGCUGCACCUUUCUCCAAGUGUUGACCUGGGCAUUUUUGAGCAAUUACAAGAAGAGGUUCGGGUCUCCAGACACGUUAAGGUUUUGGGAGCGAGACAAGGGCGGUGUGGUGGUGCUGACUCCUUGGGUGGAAGAAGCGCUGAACGACUUGCAAGCCGUGGACGAUCGUCGUCGACCUCAUGUCAGCGCUGCUGCCCGGGUUACCAGAAGCAUGCUAGCAACUGACCAGACCAUCAGACCGACGCUGCAGGAGGUGGUAAAUCACCUAGAUGAGGUCUGUCGGCGGCAAUCUUCAAACAACCCGAGAAGAGCUUCGCUGUUCCCCUACCUGAAGCCCGACCGGGCGAGCGAGGGAGGCUAG